UCAGGGAGGCGCUCUGGGGAGUUACGGUUCUUUCAAUGUUCUGGCACAGCUGCUGCCGCUCGCCGGCUCCCCUCUCCAUCGCAACCUACACUCUGGACUCCGACUCCGGAUGAGCACGAGGCUUGGUUGCCUCUUGGGAAUUUUCCUCGCGUUGCCACUUUUCUCUUUUGUUUCUUCUGGUAGUUUAUUAUGCACACCCAAGAACUACUGCUCCCGAGAAAAACCCAGACGGAGGAGAAGGUGGCUGGAAGCCUUUAGCCGGAAGUGGCGAACCCGGAAGUAAAAGUGAUCAGGUGUCUAUAGGGCUGAAAUCCUAGUGGAUCCCAGAAGGUUCCCUCGCUUUUUUUCUCUAUGGGAUCACUCCAUAUGCCGCGUUACACGGUGUGGCUUACACGUGCUGCUCUCGUGUGGGCUUAGUAUCACUACCCACUUGCCGAGGCUGAGCGUUCCUUCCAGAGUAUCAGCUUACUCUUGUUACUGUGGAGGGUGAUGGAGAAGACUUGCUAUGCUCAGAUGCUGAGAUGAAUCGUCACCUGUAUGUUUGGCUUUGUAGACAUCCAUCUCUUCACCGUCACCGCCAGUGCCAUGUCCAUCUCCGUUCUCAUCGGCUUACACAGACGCAUCUGGACACAAGGCCAGGGGCUUUUAGACAGGACAGGAAUCACCUUCUCUGUCGUCUGUUAAAUAAGAGCUGGUCCAGGAGAUACUGUCAUCAAGAUACCAGGAUGCAGUGGAGACAUAAAGCACUACAGAAAUAUAUGGAGGACCUGAGUAAGGAGUACCAGACACUUGAUCGUUGUUUGCAGCACAUCUCUGCGCCUGAAGGGGACCGAAGGUCCUUGAAUCGACGGCAUGCGGAGCUGGCACCACUUGCCGUCAUUUACAAGGAAAUUCAGGAGGCUGAACAAGCCAUUGAAGAAUUAGAAUCAAUGUGUAAAAGUCUAAAUAAACAGGAUGAAAAGCAGUUACAAGAACUUGCAUUGGAAGAAAAGCGAACUAUUGCUCAAAAAAUCAACAUGUUAUACCAUGAGCUUUUCCAGAGUCUAGUGCCAAAGGAGAAAUAUGACAAAAAUGAUGUUAUUUUAGAGGUGACAUCUGGAAGAACUACUGGAGGUGAUAUCUGUCAACAGUUUACCCGGGAAAUAUUUGAUAUGUACCAGAAUUAUUCAAGCUACAAACACUGGACUUUUGAACUUCUGAAUUAUACACCUGCUGAUUAUGGUGGGCUACACCAUGCAGCCGCCCGAAUUUCCGGUGCCAAUGUCUAUAAGCAUUUGAAGUAUGAAGGUGGGAUUCACCGAGUUCAGCGGAUCCCUGAGGUGGGCCUGUCGUCAAGGAUGCAGCGCAUUCACACAGGCACGAUGUCAGUUAUCGUGCUGCCUCAACCAGAUGAGGUAGAUGUGAAAGUGGAUCCCAAGGAUUUGCGAAUAGAUACUUUUCGAGCCAAAGGAGCAGGAGGACAGCAUGUUAAUACAACCGAUAGUGCCGUCAGACUCGUCCACGUCCCCACAGGACUUGUAGUAGAAUGCCAACAAGAACGAUCACAGAUAAAAAAUAAAGAAAUAGCUUUGCGUGUGUUGAGAGCUAGACUCUACCAGCAGAUUAUUGAGAAAGAGAAGUGUCAACAACAAAGUGCUAGGAAACUGCAGGUGGGAACAAGAGCCCAGUCAGAGAGAAUCCGGACCUAUAACUUCACCCAGGAUAGAGUCACUGACCACAGGAUAGCAUAUGAAGUUCGUAAUAUCAAGGAAUUUUUAUGUGGGGAGAAGUGCCUGGAUCUGCUAAUUCAGAGACUGCUUCAAACAGCGGAUGAAGAAGCCAUUACUGAAUUUUUGGAUGAAAACCUUAAAUCAGCAAAAUAAAUGCUGAUUUGUUAUUUAUUAUUAUAUAAAUGAAAUGGACCUAGGUCAAGAAGCGGACUGAGGCAUGGACAUCUUUAUGAACGCUCAUAAAGUACAGCUAAAAAACCCACUACUCACAAAAUAUUUUUUAAUGCAUCAAGUCCCAUUUCUAUUUUCCUGUACAGGACUGUCCAGCUCUUCAAGUAGAAAUGAAGCAUGCAUCAUUGAAAAAAAGACAUAAAGUAUUAAGAAUUGAUCUUGUCUGAGUUCCUGUUGUGGCACAGCGGAAACUAAUCAACUAGGAACCAUGAGGUUGUGGGUUCAAUCCCUGGCCUUGCUCAGUGGUUUAAGGAUCCGGUGUUGCCACGGCUGUGGUGUUGGUUGCAGAUGCAGCUCAUAUCCUGCAUUGCUGUGGCUGUGGUGUAGUUCUGCAGCUACAGCUCCGAUUGGACCCCUAGCCUGGCAGUCUUCAUAUGCCACAAGUGUGGCCCUAAAA